AUGACAACGCCACCUCCUUUCCCGCCAAUCCUUACUCAUGCCCGACACCCAUUCCGCUAUCUACCUACCCCAACCCCAACAAGCCCAUCUUUUGAUGGUCGUUCGUUAGAUUGCUUUCUUCGCUUCAAUGGCAGGAUUCAUUUUUUCCUUCUGUUGCUUUUUAUGUCAAUCUGUUUUUCUUUCUUCCUCUCUCUCUCUCUCUCUCCCUCUAUCGGUCUCACUCUCUCUCCCUCUUUCUCUCUCUCCAUUAUACUUUUAUUUCUCUCUUACUUUUUGUCCAUUUUGCUCUUCUCUCAUAAUAUUCGCAUUUAUUUUCAUAUAUCUUCCUGCUCUUCUGUACUAUGUUCGUUCUCGUUCGUUCACUCUCUCUCCCCUUCUCUCUCUCACUCUUUCUCUCCUUCUCUCUCUCCUUCCCCUUCUCUCUCUCCUUCCCCUUCUCUCUAUCCCUCCCUCCCCUAA